CCCGCCUUAGCAGCAUGGUUAAGCGCGCCCCCUGGCAGCUUGCGGCAGCCGGCUUCCUUAUUUCCAUUUUCCAAUCAAUUCUGGUUCAUAAUGAAGCUGUCAAUAAAUGUCUAAACGAUGACUGUGGAAAAAAUGCUUCAUGUGACAAUGACUAUGGGAAUGGCAGCUGCUCUUGCGAACCAUUAUUUUGGAGAGAAACAAAUAAGAAUAAAACUUUCAACAAUGGCAGUGAAAAUGACUGUAUAUCUUGCCGCUUUUACAUGAAAGUAAGUGAAAACGAUGCAUGUAUAGCAGGAUAUCGCUUGUGCCAGGAUGAUCGAAAAUGUUGUGUUAUUAAUAGCUGCAGUUCUAAACCGUGUGGAAGACAUGCUAUAUGUCAUUUGGACUGUGGGGACUACUUCUGCCAAUGCAGAUCGGGAUUUCAGUUACCUAAUGGGAAAAGUAGGUUCAAGAACAUGAAUGAAAAUAACUGUAAAGACAUUGAUGAGUGCAAGCAAAAUGUUUCCAUCUGUGGUCCCAGGGGAAGCUGCAUUAACACUGAAGGGGAUUACCACUGUAAAUGCAAGCAAGGAUAUGGAAAGAGCUUUAAAGAUGAUAGAAAGCUAUGCAGAGAUAUUAAUGAGUGUAACGAAAAUCCUUGCGACAAAACUGCCAGCUGCAACAACUAUGAAGGAAGUUACUCGUGCUCCUGCCCAUCAGGGUAUUUCCAAUAUUCCGAUGCUGUCCAGGAGGAUAAAACAAAGAUAAAAUGCAAAG